AUGGAACAUCAACAAGUCUCUUCUAUUUCUGCUGCUGCUCCGUUUUCGAAGAAGUUGAGCAGUGGCCGUGUAUAUGGUGGAAAGCAUGUGUACGACGGCGUUUUUAGUGGUGGUGGUGGCGCAGCGAAGCUUGGGACUCGGGUGGAGGAUUAUAGAGAGAUAUUUGGUGGGUCUGGUGCUACUGGUUCUUCGAUUCCGAUUCUCGAUGUUCCUGAGCUGAAUGAGAACAUUAAGGUUUCUUCUGUUGGUUCACAAAGGGUUGACUACGCCAAGAUUUUUGGUGGUUUUGGAGAUGCUGAUUUUGGUUUGCCUCAUGAAAAGUUCUUCGCUAAACCAAAGAAAGUCAAGAGUUCUAUCGAUGGAACUCGGUCUCCAGCUGAAGCAAGGUCGUGGAAUGCAGGGUCAAAACAUUCUAAUGUUUCGAAAGAGCGAAAAGGUUCAUCACCUGAAGCAUCUUUCCAGCCGUUUGAUGGCGUGAAACAGUUUAAUUUGUCUUACAAUAAAAGCAACCCAGGAAACAAAAAUGGGACAAAUGGAAUGACACACUUUGCUGAACUCCAUGCAGUUCCUGGUUAUACUUUCUUAGUUGAUGAAAUCACUCCCUCAAAGAUGGCUGAAGGUGGCAAGCCAGAACGAUCAGUAUUAAAUGAUGCUUGUCUCAAUGUUAAUGUCAGCAAUAGGGUGAAGGAAGAUACGGCUCGCAGGAAACCCGUUUCAGGUCCACAAUCCAGCAUUGCUGUCUCAAACAGUUUUAAAAGUACUGCUGAAUUUCAGAAGAAAUCAAGUCAAACUAGAUCUUUUUCGAAUGAUUUGCCAUUUGAUGCAUUUGAAAUUGGCCUAGGUAGACAUCCACCUUCAAGCUCACCAUCUAACUCUGGUUAUAACAAUGGUGGUACCAAAUUAUCAAUGAAUUCAAAGUUUGGAGUUUCUAGAAAUGAUGCUUCUAGAGGUGCAUCUGGUAAUUAUUCACCAGCUUUCUCUGAUGAGGAAAUGGAUGCAAAUUCAGAUGCCGCUGCCUCAGCAGCUGCACUUAGAAAGGCAAUAGAGGAGGCUCAAAUGAAGAUUAAAAUUGCAAAAGAAUUGAUGGCAAGAAAGAAAGAAGGGCUUCAAAAUCGUGCAAAGACAAGCUUUAAUAAUGGCUGGAAAGCUCAGAAAAGUGAGGUUAAAACUGCAGAAAGGUUAAAAAGAUCCAAUGAGCUGGUGGGUCUGGAAAUGGGUGAAAAGGAGGAUACUCCAAAGCAAGAAUUUACUGUUUUAUCAGAGCCUAAUGCUACAAAAGCAAGCCAACUAACUUCAGAUUUCGAAGAUGAGAAGAAAUCUUCUGUUGCUAAUAGCGCUAUUGGAGAAAUGCACGGCAUGGAAUCCAAAUCAAAUCGAACAGAUAAUAGGCUGGAAGAAGCAGAAGAAUGGGAAUCAACAGAAGAGUUUUUUGAAGCUGGAGACUAUGAGGAGCACACGCAAAUGUCAUCAGAAUUUGAGCAGGCAGACAAAGCAGGGAAAAUGGCAUCAUAUGAUCAUGAAAACAAAUGGAGAGAGAAGGGGACUGCAGCAGAAAAAAUCAAAAUGCCAGUGGAGUGCGGCGAGGAAGUAUUUAAGGAGGACAAGGUCGAGGAAGAACUAAAUCCAGUGGUUGGAACGUUUCAGUGGAAUUUAUAUUCGAACUUCAUUAAGCCAGCCAAAAAGCUUCAUCAUCAGGAAGAAAAUGAAGAGAAAAUGAGAAUUUCUAACAAUCACGAAGAAGCUGAUCAAACACCUGUAGUGUCCAAUGAAUGGGAAGACUGUGAAACUAAGCUGGAAAAACUUCAUCAACCCGAAGGAAAAACAAAACUUCCUACUCAGGAGUUGGAGGAGAACGAAGAUAUGAAGGAAUUAAAAGAUGGCCACGAAUGGGUGGAAAUUGAGAAGAAACAAAGGGAGGCACAAGAUCAUAAGGAAAUGGAGAAUAGACCAGGUGAAGUUCUGAUUAGGGAGGAUAAUGAAAGAAGCCCAGAUCAGACAUACGAGAAAAAAGAAAAUGAGGUACAGCAAGAAGACUGGGACAGGGUAGAAUGUGGAAUGAAACAGGAAGGAGAUUGGAGCCUAGAAGAAAAUGAGGAGAAACAAAAUGAUUUGCACAUGGGAUCAGAUAUAUCGGGUGAAGAUGGCAGGACAGAAUGGACCAAGAAGCUGGAACAAUUCGUGGAGGAUGAGGAAAUACUAAAAAAAAGUGAUCAGAUGAAUGAAACCGAGAAGAUACAAGAAAUGAUGUGUGAAGAGGUAGAAACUAAGAGGUUAAGCUCGGAGAGUUAUCAGGGGGAGAAGAUGAGAAGACCAUGGAAGUGA